AUGCCAUUUCAGUUCGACCAUAACGUUGUGGGGCCUUAGACGGAGAGCGUGACCCAAGGUGUCUGUCCCAUCAGUUGUUGCUGUUGCCCGUUCGCAGUCCCUGGCAGGAUGUUCGCCACCCAGGAUACCAUACUGAAGCUGCUGACCCUCUGCGCCUUGGCGCAUUCUAUUACCGCCUAUGCGCUGCAGGAGAAGACAGCCGCAUCGGGCUCCGCCCCGCUGGAUGCCAGCCACAAGUAUCUGAUUGUGCGGGGCGAGAGUCCUGCCAGCGCCUCCAAGGAGCAUGUGGACUUUGAUAAUGCGGCAACGCUGCUGCUGCAGGCCUACAAGUCGCAGCAGACCACCUCGCCGGAUGGACUGGAGGAGUGCAGCGCGCCCAGCCACAAGCCCACCUUCUCCGGCUACGACUAUGUGAUCCUGCUGGGCAUGCUGGUCAUCUCACUGGGCAUUGGCAUCUUCUACGGCUUCUUCCAGAAGGGCGGCAGCUCCUCCAACGAGUUUCUGCUCGGCUCCGAGAUGAGCAUCUUCCCCGUUACCCUCAGCCUGACGACCAGCUUCAUCACGGCCAUCGAGCUGCUGGGCAACCCAUCCGAGAUGUACUUCCAGGGCACACAGUUCGUCCUGAUUGUGAUACCCAUGGUGCUGGUCAUACCGGUGGCCGUCAAGAUCUUCUAUCCCAUCUACUUCAAGAUGGAGCUGACCAGCUGCUACGAGUACCUGGGCAUACGCUUCGGCAAGGAGAUCCGCAUCUUGGGCGCAGUACUCUAUGUCAUACAGAUGUGCUUCUACACCGCUGUGGCUGUGCUCGCGCCAGCCAUUGCCUUGUCCAAGGCCACGGGGCUGGACACCAAGAUCGCUGUCGUCCUGAUCUAUGUGGUCUGCGUGUUCUAUUCGUCGCAGGGCGGCAUGAAGGCUGUGGUCAUAGCGGACACAUUCCAGGCUGCUGUCCUGGCUGUGUCUCUCGUGCUGAUUGUCGGUCUCGGCAGCUACUACAGCGGCACGCCCAUCCAGGUCUUUCAGAAGGCCGCCGAACUCAAUCGCUUGGAGUUCUUCAACAUGGACCCCGAUCCGACGACCCGUCACACCGUUUGGUCUGUGGUCAUUGGCGGCUUCUUCUACUGGACGUCGCUGUUCUGCACCAACCAGGCCUCCGUCCAGAAGUGCAUGUCCCUGAAGUCCCUGAAGCUGGCCAAGAUCGCCUUGGGCUUUGCCAUCGUCGGUUUGAUUGUUGUCUUUCUGCUCAACUUUUACACGGGCCUGAUGGUCUUCACCCACUAUGCCGGCUGCGAUCCCCUGACGGCGGGUCGCAUCUCGGCCACGGACCAGCUGCUGCCCUUCUACGUGAUCAAUACGUACGAGCACAUCUACUCCAUUGCGGGCAUCUUCGUUGCCGGAAUCUUUGCGGCUAGUUUGGGAACUGUGGCAUCGGCCCUGAACUCCCUGUCGGCUGUCACCUGCGAGGAUCUGCUUGUCAAUGGCAUGAACAUCAAAAUCUCACCGGAGAAGGGAGCCACCUAUGCCAAGUGGAUGUCCCUGGGCUAUGGCAUUGCCUCCUUCGGUCUGGUGUUCAUUGUGGAGCAUCUGGGCGGCGUGCUGCAGGCGACGCUCACAUUGAAUGGCCUCAUCGGCGGCGUCACCUUGGGUCUGUUUGUGCUCGGGAUUGCCUGCAAGCAGGCCAACACCAAGGGCGCCUUCUAUGGCGGUCUCCUCUCGCUGGCACUGGUCAUCUUUGUGGGUGUGGUGGCACAGAUAGCCAGCGUGGAGUCGCCCCCACUGGCCACAUCCAUCGAGCACUGCGAUUGUCAUGUCAAUUUGACCAGCAUUAUCGAGGGUUUGCUCACCGAAUCAAUGCAUCCCAUUCAGCAGGAAGGAUUCACUUCCUGGCCCAUCUUCCGGCUGAGCUAUAUGUGGUACAGCAUGAUCGGAUGCCUGUUGACAGUGUUCUUGGGCUGGCUCCUCUCCCUGAUAAUUGACUUUAAUCAGCGACGAAAUGUCCUGAAGAUCACCGGCAAGGGCGGCAUCGACAAUGAAGCCGUCUCCGAGGAGGUCUUCAAGAGCGACGACUCCCAAGUGCAGUACACCACCAACAGCACCAUAACCACCACCACCACGACCAGCACCACGGCGGCAGACCCGACCCUAGCCACAACCACAACCACAACCAAAGAGACGGCAGGUGACAAGGGGCAUGUGAAUCAUGCCAUACGCAUCGACGAUGAAUAGAGUAGAAAUCGAAUCGAAUUUGGGUUUGGGUUUGGGUAUCCCAUGCCCAGGCCACUCCACUCCACGCACACUCCCGCGUGUAUUCCUUGUGUGCAACUUGCAACCUCUAUGUACAAAAAUACCAGUCGCAAUCCUAACUGUCCUAGCUUAGUCGCAAGAGUGAUUUUUAGUUUUAAGUUCAAUCCCCCCACCAGCCCCCCCAGAGAGCAAUCUUCGACACAGUAUUCUGUGUACAAACACACACACACACACACACACACACACACACACACACACAAAUCUUACUAAUUUUAGCACAAAAGUGAAUUUACCUUUAGUUAAGUUUUAAGCAAAUAAACACAAAUAUAUACAUACAUACAUACAUACAUACAUACAUACAUAUAUAUAUAUUCCUGAUUCAGCCCACUGCUGAUGCCUAAACCAAAAAUUUCCAAUUUUAUUUUUGAUUUUCGAUUUUCAUGUAAAUUGUGUAGUUCGUAUGUACAUGUAUGUAGUUAUCAUGAAGCGUACUCUACGUGUAAAAUACUCUACAACGUACUCUACAACGUACUCUACAACGUACUCUACGCGUAGCGUACUCUACAUGUACACUGCAUCGUGUAGAUUUCAAGUUUUCUUUCGAUUUUUAUGCAGUUUUUUUUUUGGAUUUUU